AUGGUGCUGGGACGGAAGCUGCCAGGUUUCCUUCCUACGUUGCUUAUCCUGUUCUUUGCUGUGAAUAUUUUGUUUGUGAUCCACGUGAAGCACGAAAUGCAGAGCCUAAGGAGGGAAUCCGGUGGUCAUCAAGAGCAACGAGCUUUGGAUUCGGCGAAAGGGAAUGACUUCGUCGGACAUCUUGAAAAAAUCGAGGCCAUGUUCCUCAAUCUAUCAAAUUACGUAAAAUUAUCAGAGGGAAAAAAGAAGGCAGCAAAUGAACUGAAAUUGCCCGAGAAGCCACACCAGGAAAUACAAGAAGACCAACAGGGCGAGAAAAACCGGAAGGAACCUGAAGCGCCUCCCAGGAUUCGGUUCCCAGAUUCGCCUCUGUUCCAGAAAUGGGGCAAAGAUUUAAUGGAGGACCAGCAAAUUGUAGCCCAGAAACUUUUCGAGAAGUACGGGUACAACGUUUACCUGAGUGAUCGCUUGCCUCUGGAAAGGCCUCUCAUGGAUACGAGGCCUCCCAGAUGUCGAGAGAAAAAAUAUGCGCACGAUCUCCCAACCCUUAGUGUGGUCCUCAUAUUCUUUAACGAAGCUACCUCCAUCCUCUUACGUGCAAUCACCAGCAUAAUUAACCGAACACCAUCUCACCUCCUGAAAGAAAUUAUCCUAAUUGAUGAUUUCAGCUCAAACGAGGAACUUAAAGGUCCUUUAGAAGAACAUAUCAAAAAGUUCAACGACAAACAUCCUGGAUUGUUGAAAAUUGUGAGACACGAAGAAAGGAAGGGUCUCACAGAAGCUCGGAUUUCUGGCUGGAGAGCAUCUCGGGCAGAUGUGGUGGCUAUUUUGGAUGCACAUGUUGAAGUCAACACAAACUGGGCUGAACCAAUUCUCUCUCGCAUCAAGGAGGAUCACACCGUUAUCAUAUCACCGGUCUUUGAUAACAUCGGUUUUGAUGACUUCCAACUCACUCAGUACGCCGAGGCCGCCGAUGGAUUUGACUGGGCUCUUUGGUGUCUCUACGAAACCAUACCAGAAGAGUGGUAUGCGCUGAAUGACCAAACGGCACCAAUCCGGAGUCCUUCUAUAAUGGGAAUACUUGCCGCAAACCGAGAAUUUUUGGGGAAGAUUGGUGUUCUGGAUGGCGGAAUGCACAUUUAUGGAGGAGAAAAUGUGGAAUUGAGUCUCAGGGCUUGGCAGUGUGGCGGGAGCAUUGAGGUCUUGCCGUGUGCAAGGAUUGCACACCUGGAGCGAGCCCACAAACCCUAUUUAUUGGAUUUGUCCCAUGCCGUGCGGAGAAAUGCCUUACGUGUAGCAGAAGUGUGGAUGGAUGAAUAUAAACACAUGGUCUACUACGCCUGGAACAUACCUCUUGAGAAUUCCGGAAUCAAUUACGGAGACGUUUCUUCUAGAAAAGAAUUAAGGAAGCGACUGAACUGCAAAAGCUUUGAUUGGUAUAUCAAAAAUGUCUACCCUAACUUGGUACCUCAGGUUAACAUUGUAGCCUAUGGAACAAUGAAGAACACACUAAGUAAGGAAAACUGCAUAGAUCAAGGACCGGUUCCCGGGAACACUCCCAUAUUAUACAUCUGCCAUGGAUAUAGCCCACAGCACAUGUUCUAUCACAGCACUGGAGAAUUCUUUGUGGGAGGUUUACGAUCUCGGCGCAACACGGUUGACAGAUGCUUGACAGAUCCCGGAGAAGGAAAGCUGCCAGUCAUCGAGCAAUGUGACGAAGCACAGAGAAAAAGCCUGAACAUGCACUGGGAUUUCAUGCAAGGAUCAUCUGUAAUCAACAGGAAAACAAAACGGUGUCUUGAAAUCGCAAAGGAUCAGGGAUCCGUCUAUUAUACUCCAGUUAUGCAAAAUUGCACAGGUCAAAAAUGGUUUUUUCAACAUACCGUCAAGCAAUGGGGGAAGCAGCCAUAAGGCAGUGGGCAAGUUUUUGUUCAAUUCAGAAAGGAAGCUGCAGGGUAGCAGAGACUAAAUGAGCAUCACCUGACUUUCUUUCAGUCGGGGAAUACAUUGGAAGAUUGUUACCUGAUUUUUGAUUCCGGUGUGUGACCACCUGUGACCACACCUGAGCCCCAAGUUUCUGCUGCUAAGCAAGACGGUUGUUAAGUGAGUUUUGCCCCGUUUUACGAGCUUACUUGCCACGGAUUUUCCUUCGGAAGUGGAAAGACUUCAAACCCGCCAAAACAUGUGAUGUUCACAAAUUUAUUAUCUUCAUUUUCUCUUCUGUCAACUAAACAACGCAGAUUCUUUCAAGCCAUUUCCGCGAAUGCUCCAAAUAAUCGUUAAACUUUCUACUGGAAUAGCGGACCAGCGUUUCAAUGUUUUAUUUCGGAAUACCAGCCAAGAUGCUACUGGAAUGCUUUUGAAAGCUAUGAAUUUCACUGCUUCCCGCCUAAAACUGAUUCACCGAUGGGUUUUUCUUCAUCCUGUUGCACUCUACUGUGCGCCAGAUGUAAGCGAAGAGGUAAUUUGGGACAGUUUUCUUCUUUCAUUUGGACAGGUUGGGCUCAGUUCAAACCCUUCUUUGGAACUCCAUGUUGUGACCCAGACCCAAGUAGGUAGUAAUAAACUUAGUCCGUGGAAAACAAACUUUAUUCGAACAGCUGGGAAUGACUUCAUUCCCAGCGUCGUUCAACUCAAAGUAAAACAAAUGCCCCCCAACACAAAUUCCUCAGUUAUCUCACAAACCUUAGUCAAUUAGGCAAACUGCCAAAGGCCCUUCCUGACAAACGUCCAGAAACCACAAAAACAAAGAUGUAUAUGAAGCAGAAGACGCAGCUACAACGUUGUUUUCCAGCAAAGCUGAAACGCAAAUAUCUUCCAACACAAAUGCCUCAGUCCUAUCAUAAACCUUGGUUCAAUUAGGCAAACUGCCAAAGGCCUUUCUUGGCAAACGUGCAGAAGUCACAAAAAUAAAUGCAAGACAUAGAUGAAGCAGAAGACGAAGUAGAAGACGAAGCUACCAACGUUGUUUUCCAGCAAAGCUCAAAUGCCGUUGCUGGUCUGUUUUAAGCCUUAUGGGAGGGGCCAAUCAUCUCUUGGCCCUACUCCUGAGUAGUCCUCUCUGCUUGAGCUGCUCUUGCCUUCUGGCAGCGCUUCUUAUGCGUGCAUUAGGAACAGGCUCCUCCUGUUCCUCUGCCUCACUACUAUCAGUCUCUGCAGGCUCUGGAGUCCGCACCUCACUCCCCGAUGGCCCUGGCCUCACCUCCACCUCAUCGUUGUCCGACUCCGUUGCCAACUCCGUAGGCUGCUGAGGGACCACAACACUCCAGGCCUUUUGGAAGGCUAUCCAUUGCUUAAGCGAGGAAGCUGUCAAACCCAGAAACCAGGAAUUCCAAAUGAAUACAGGUAGUCCUUGACUUACAACAGUUCGCUUAGUGAGGGAGAGGGGGGGGUCAUGUGAUCCCCUUUUGCAGCCUCCUGACAAGCCAAGUCAAGGGACAAAUCAGAUUCACUUAACAACCAGGCUACUAACUUAACCAUUGCAGUGAUUCACUUAACAAGUGUGGCAGGAAAAGUCGUAAAAUGGAGCCAAACUCACUUAACAAACGUCUCACUUAGCUACAUAGAUUUUGGGCUCAAUUGUGGUCGUAAGUUGAGGACUACCUGUAUAAGGAUUUAUUGCAAGCUGAAGCGCCCUACAAGAAUCUGAACUACUAACAGUCAAAGCAAAUUGGCGGUAGAUAAGAGUCAAGGGAUUUCAAGGUGAGCUGGACUCAGAUCUCUUGUGGGCAUGAAGAGACUCAAGACUGAUGACACAUUUGACCCCUCCCUCGGGCUCAGCCCGUUCAUUUCCUACAGAAACCUUGCAUUCACUCCAAUUCCCACCAGGCUAUAUUCAAAUCAGGGUUAUACUUGUGAGUAGACCACAGUUAGUGGUUCCAGUCAUCACAAUUUAGGAAAAUUCCUGGAAGACAAAGCCUCAGUUUCACAUUCCUUCUACUCCGUGAUUGCCUCGAUGUGCAACUAUGUUUCAGACUACAUGAA